AACAAUGAAAAACAACCAUUCUGAGACUGAUAAUGUACACUACUGCUUCGAAUCCUCAAACACUUCCUGCCUAAAGUACGUUUAUCCAACCACAAUACGAGCCUCUUUGUAUGUUCUGUUAGGGGCCACUGUACUCCUCACUGUGCUGGGAAAUCUCCUCAUCGUCGUUACUAUAUCCCACUCCAAACAGCUGCACACUCCCACCAAUUACCUCAUCCUCUCUCUGGCUGUCAGCGACUUCCUCCUGGGGGCAGUGGUCAUGCCGCCUAGCCUGAUACGCUCGUUGGAAACCUGCUGGUAUUUGGGUGACUGGUUCUGGCGAUACGUUGCUGUUUCUCAGCCUCUGUUGUAUCACGCUUUGAUCACAACUCGUGUUGCAAAGUACAUGAUCCUGACCUGCUGGGCUCUUUCCGCCCUCAUUGGCUUUGGGAUGGAGCUAAACAGCUUGAUAAUUCAGGAUGUUUACCUCACACAGUUUGUCUGUGAGGGAAGGUGUGCUGUGAUACAAGACAAGGCAUCAGGCAUAUUAUUUUCCCUUUUUCUUUUCUUCAUCCCAGGGUUAUUUAUGCUUGGCCUCUACCUGAAAAUCCUAGUUAUUGCACAUAAACAAGCCCGAACCGUGAAAAGACCAGAAUCAUUCUGUCUAAGAUGGAGCAAAAAAUCCACCAAGACACUGGGCAUAGUUACUGGUGUGUACCUGUGCUGCUGGUCACCCACUUUUAUAUAUUUAAUAAUAGACCCAGUCACUGGUUUAUCCACACCGUACCUGUAUGACAUUCUUCUUUGGAUUUACUAUUUGAAUUCAGUAAUGAAUCCCAUAAUUUAUUCAUUCUUAUUUAAAUGGUUUAGGGAGUCACUGAGAAAAGCCUUUAGUAAAAUAUUAAACAGUUUUGAUUAGUGUUACUAUGGAGGGUCCAGGUUAAAUGCUGGUAAAUGUACAGUGUGACUGAGGUUUCUGUCUUU